GCCAGUUGUUUGCAGACCACAUGCGCGCUCCACCAUCUUGCAGUCGCCUUCGCCCCGUCGAUCGACCAGCCCUCCACAUCACCGUACCCGCAUGUUACCUGGCCGUCUGUGAUGGGCCUGCCCUGCAAUCCUGCCAUGCAUGCCAAGCACGCACAGGCGAGCUGACCUGCACACGACCGUUAGCGGUAGAACGGAUAGGAAGGCGGUUCUGUAGGCCCCAGGAUCCCGUCUGGGUCAAUAUGGAUGGUUGCCGCCUCGGACAUACUGUGUCUGCUUCGGUCUGUUGAGCUGCCCCUGCUUCACCAACAGCUCCCUCGCCGCUUUUCUAUCCUGAGCGGUUACUAGGAGUGGAAGCGGAGGCUAAGCAAAGAAUUGGCCCACACUGGUACUAGACCGUCGUAGAAGCUCGUCCGUCUUAUCGGGACCUUUCUGCGUACCUCCUCGUUUCUGCAGGUUAUACGGACAUUAGGAGCGGGACCAAUCUUUGCGACACUGCGCUUGGUCAGCCUCAACCUCUUUUUUAGCUGGCAUUUGUUUCGAGUUUAAGAGAAAAUCACGGGACGGAAGUGGGCACUCCCAGACCGCUUUCGACACUCACGGGAGUAAAGAUGAAGGGGACCUUUGGAGCAUCGGCCAUGGUGGUCGCCAUGUGCUCGACGCUGGCCGCCGCCCAAACUUCAUGCCGAAACGUGCUGGCCCCCGCCUACAAGCCGCCCGUGGUCGCGGCUGGGUGGCAGGCCCAGAUCGUGGCCUCGGGCAUGCAGAAGCCCCGGACGCUCGAGUUCGACAGCGCCGGCGGCCUGCUCGUGCUAGACGCCGGCAGGGGUGUUUUCCGCCUUACCUUCAAGGACAACGGCGGCACCUGCCUCGAGGUGGACCAGACCACCGUGGUCGUCAACAACACAGCGCUCAACCACGGCAUGGCCCUCUCAACCGACGGGCGCACGCUGUACGCCUCGACCGUGCAGUCUGUGUUCCGGUGGUCCUACGACGCCGGCACGGGCCGGGUGGCAGCGGGCGGGCCGCAGGAGGUGGUGGCUAACAUGCGCAACAACGCGCAGACGACGCGGACGCUGCUCAUGUCGCGCCGCGCCGGCGGCCAGCUCGUCGUGACGCGCGGCAGCUCCGCCGAGCUCGACCCGGCCGCGCUCAGCCUCGACUCGGGCCUCUCGCAGAUUCGCGCCUUCGACACGACCCGCCUGGGGCCCGGCUCGGGCGCCAUGGACUUUGCCUCCGAGGGCCGCCGGCUCGGCUGGGGCCUGCGCAACAGCGUCGCCGUGGCCGAGCACCCCGUGACGGGCGGCAUCUACAGCAUGGACAACACGGCCGACGGCAUCGUGCGCGAGGGCGUCGACGUCUCGUUCUGGAACCCGGGCGAAGAGCUCAACUUCCACGGGUACCUUAACGGCUCGACGCAGGACCAGGGCGGCAACUACGGCUACCCGACCUGCUUCGCCGUCCGCAACGUCACCACCAUCCCGAACAGCGGGAGCCUCAAGGUCGGCGACCAGUUUGGCGCAAACACGGACGGCUCCAACAGUGACGAGGCCUGCGCCGCAAACUACACGGCGCCGCGGCUGACAUUUCCAGCACAUUUCGCACCUAUGGACAUAAAAUUUAACCAGGACGGCAGCACUGCAUUCCUGAGCUUUCGCGGGUCCUUGAACAAGAGCAACCCUGUCGGUUACCUCGUUGCCGCGGUCGACUUCGACAAGGACCGUGGUGAGCCCACCGCCGAGAGGACGAGCGUCACGAGCCUCAAGCCCAUCAUCUCAAACGACCUCGUGGGCCAAGGCCACACCUGCCCGGACACGUGCAUGCGGCCUGUGGGUAUGAACUGGGACUCGAGGGGCCGCCUUUGGGUCGCUGCCGACUCAACGGGUGAGAUCUACGUGCUCGAGCGCCAGUCCGGCACACCGACGGACUCGGACUCGGGCGUCAUGGUCACCAAGCCUGCCAACAGCGCCGCCGCCGCGGCGCCGUUUUUGUCAUGGAUUUUGGCUGUGUGUAUGGCUAUGGCCGCCAACACGCUGUUGUGAAUGCUGCGAGCCGCUUAGAGUGGCGGGUUGGGGAGGGGAGGCCGGGAAGGGCCAAAGUGGCAAAGACUUGUGAGAGAAACCGUGCAAUGCUACUAGGAACAACAGUGAUCUGCAACAAGCAAAUGAGUAUAUGAUUUGUAAAUUGCUCGGACGCAAGCUGGCAUCUGCUAAGUGACAUUCUAAGCAUGGAGUGG